AUGCACACCAAGGAACAGAUCCUGGAGCUGCUGGUGUUGGAGCAAUUCCAUCCUGCCCCAGGAGCUCCUGUCUCAGAUGGUGGUGUGAGGACUGAGAACUUGACAUUUGACGUGAAGCAGGAACCUUGGGAAGGAACAGAACCAUAUAGGGAGGGGUCUGGUGGACAUCUUGAAACUAUGUCUCAGCAUGCCAAAUACAGAGGAGACCAUGAGCCUAGUGGAAGUUUGGAAAUGCAGGAUGGGGAUGCCACAAGUGAAAAAACAUAUGAAUGUGAUGAAUGUAAGAAAACCUUCACCUGGAUAAGAGGCCUUCAGAUGCAUAGGAGGAGCCACUCUGGGGUGAAACUGUACCCGGAUACAGAAUGUGGAAAGGCUUUCAUCAGACAUGCAGAACUUACGCAGCAUCGGGGGCUUCAUAGCAAGGAAGAGCCUUAUAACUGUAAAAGAAAACUCUAUGAAUGUAAAGUAUGUGGGAAAGCCUUCACUCAGUAUGCAGGCCUUAACCAACACCGAAGAAUCCACACUGGAGAGAAGCCUUUUGAAAGUCCUGUAUGUGGACGAGCCUUUAGCCGGAGCUCAGAACUUAUAAUCCAUCACAGAAUUCACUCAGGGGAAAAGCCCUAUGAAUGUGUGGAGUGUGGAAAAACCUUUAGAGUGAACUCAACCCUGAUCAUACAUCAGAGAAGCCACACUGGGGAGAAGCCCUAUAAAUGUGAAGAGUGUGGUGAUGCCUUCAGUCAGCACUCAGGCCUUAAUAAACACAAGUUAGGAGGGAAGCACGGGGACCCUCCCAAACCAAGAAAGUAUACGUGUGAUGAGUGUGGGAAGACCUUUACUCAGGUAACUGGCCUGAGGAACCACAGAAGAUUCCACACUGGGGAUAAGACCUACCAGUGUCCUGAGUGUGGCAAGGCCUUCACGAGGGGAGGGCAUCUCAUUGAACAUCAGGGGAUUCACAAUAAGGAGAAGCCUUACCAAUGUAAAGAGUGUGGCAAAGCCUUCAGUCAGAAGACAGGUCUUAGUCAUCAUCUUACAAUCCACACAGGAGAGAAACCUUUUGAAUGUUCUGAAUGUGGGCAAGCCUUCAGCUGUAAGUCAAAUCUUAAUAAGCAUAAGAGAGUCCACUCUGAGGAAAAAUCCUAUAAAUGUGAAGAGUGUGGGAAGGCCUACAGGCAGAGAGCCACGCUGAUCCAGCAUCAGAGAGGCCACAUUGUGCCAGGCCCCAGCAACAGGGUGAAUGAGGUAGAGCCCACAGUGGAAGCUCAGCCCUGAUGAAGCACCAGAGAAUCCCACUAAAAUGACUCCUUGCCCAGAUGUUUGGUGACAACUUCAAGUAGAAUCCAGAAUUCUUUUCUUAACUGAGAUAAAAUGUUCUGUGAACUUCAUUAUUUAAAGAACAUCAGAGAUACCACAUAGAAAAGUUGUUACGAAGAUCAUGUAUGCUGGAAAAGUUGAGAAUGUAAAAAUAAACAUCAACAAGAAGUUUACCU